UUGAAUCCCGGUUCACCUUCACAGAAGAGCCCGGCAACUGUCAAAUACGAAUGGACAGACAAUUGGAGCAGGCCUUCUGGUCAACUGGCGAAGCGACGUUUUCUUGAUUUUGCUAAGGAAGCCGUUAAGGAAGCAAGGAAACAUUUGGGAUGUCCUACUCUGGCUGGCGUUGAGACGGACUCCGCAGAAAAGAUACAUCUGAACGAGUACAUAUAUGGAAAUGAACUCAUGACCCCGAACCUCUCCAAUGUGUCAAAUCGAUUCUCGUACAUCAGUGCGGCGAUUCUCGAGGAAACAUUUCUCGGUGACAAACCAUGGUAUCGUGUGAAUCGAUCAGCAAUUCGAUGGGAACAUGAGGCGCUGUGGUACGGUAGAGAAUGGGGUUGCACGUUUGCUGAACACAGCUGCUUCGACUUCAUCGCAGAACGUAUUAGAAGGAGGAAAUCGACAUUCCCUUUCUGUUCGGAAGAGGACUACCAUGCAGGAGCAACAAAGGCGUAUUCUCUUUUGGACACUUUCCUGGAGAAGAGGCAAAUCGGAUCACCGUCAAAAUGGCGAUUUUGCCCCAUGACUAAGAUCUUUGUGGAAGAUCGAUUCGACUUACCACUGGGCACAACGUUGCUCUGA